AUGAAUACGGAAGCGAAGAAAAUAGCCACUAGCAUGUACGGGAGGGUCGCGGUACCGACCAAUGAGAGGUGCCGAGUUAAUUUUUGCACAGAUCUGGAGAAGUCAGUGUUGAUGAGUAACUUCGAACGCCGCGGCUGGAACCAAGUGGGACCAGACGAUGAGUGGAACUUCUACUGGGCUUCCACGCAGACUUGCCGAAACCUAUUCAGUGUUGAAAGCGGGUAUCGAAUGAACGACAACCAAAUGAUAAACCACUUCCCGAAUCAUUACGAAUUGUCCCGAAAGGAUUUACUCGUGAAGAACAUCAAAAGGUACCGGAAAGAGAUGGAGCGGGAAGGUAGUUUACUAGCAGAGAAAGCUGAAGUUAUAUUAUCUGGAGGCCAAGUGGUCACACGGUACGUACACUUGGAUUUUGUUCCGGUUACUUUUGUUCUUCCCGCCGACUACAACAUGUUUGUCGAGGAGUACCGCAAGUCACCCCAGAGCACUUGGAUCAUGAAACCUUGCGGAAAAUCUCAAGGCACUGGAAUUUUUCUCAUAAACAAACUGUCGAAGCUGAAGAAAUGGUCUAGAGAAGCGAAAACGCCGUUUCACCCGCAACUGAGCAAGGAAAGCUACGUCAUUUCCCGGUACAUAGAUAAUCCUCUUUUAAUAGGAGGCAAAAAAUUCGACUUGCGACUAUACGUAUUAGUCACUUCGUUUCGCCCCUUGAAAGCUUAUCUGUUUCAGCUUGGAUUUUGUAGGUUUUGUACAGUGAAAUACGAUACGAGUGUUACGGAAUUAGACAAUAUGUAUGUACAUUUGACGAACGUAAGCGUCCAGAAACACGGAGGUGAUUAUAACAAUAUACACGGCGGGAAAAUGAGUGUGGAGAAUUUGCGGUUGUAUUUAGAUGGUACAAAAGGAAGAGCAGUUACGGAAAAGUUGUUCGCAGCAAUGCAAUGGCUUAUAGUGCAUUCCCUGAAAGCAGUGGCUUCAGUGAUGGCGAACGACAGGCAUUGCUUUGAAUGUUACGGUUACGAUAUUAUAAUUGACAACCAACUAAAACCUUGGCUGGUCGAAGUGAACGCGUCACCAUCUCUAACAUCUACUACGGUCAACGAUAGAAUACUCAAGUACAAACUAAUAGAUAAUAUAUUAUCCGUAGUUUUGCCUCCCGACGGAGUUCCAGAUGUACGGUGGAAUAAGUUGCCAACUGCAGAGGCUUUAGGAAAUUUCGAUUUACUGAUCGAUGAAGAACUUUUGGAAAAGGACGAGCCGGCCUCUGUGGGCCGAGGCAGCAAAAGUAAUAAAUAUAAGUAA